AUGAAGACCUCCACUAUCAUUUUCCUGUGUCUUAUCACGCUCACCAUCGCCACGGACCUCCAGGAGGCACAGGGCCAGUUUUGCUCCACAUGCAACAAGAAUUGGGAGGAGAAGGUCCCGAAAAGUUGGGCGGAAGUCACUGCUUACCUGAAUCUCGCCUGUUUCCAACUCCAUGCAACUCUCAAGCCACGUUGCAUGGCCCUCGUCAAUGACUUCAAUAUUGGAACGAUGUUCGACACGUUCCGCCCGCAACUCAUCGAUUUUGGAAACGCUGUUUGUGAUAUGUAUUGUAAUUAA